CUUUGAAGAUGUCGGUUAACUGAAGUGUCUUGUUUCUGUGGCGAAAGACGGUUCGAAAUGAGCUACAGACGCUUUGCUUGUUUGAUUUUGUGUGCGUUUGGCGCUUGUUCGGCUUCAAAACCGAACUUCGUUCUUCUCUUCGCAGAUGAUUUGGGUUUCGGGGACUUGGGCUGUUACGGACAUCCCAGUUCUCUCACUCGUAACCUGGACCGCCUGGCAGUGGAAGGACUCCGCUUUACGGAUUUUUAUAGCACUUCUCCGGUCUGCAGCCCGUCCAGGGCGUCGUUGCUGACAGGUCGUUAUCAGACCCGCUCCGGUAUCUACCCAGGUGUGCUUUACCCAGGCUCCAUUGGGGGUCUUCCUCUGAAUGAGACCACCAUCGCCGAGGUGUUGAAAGCUCAGGGUUAUUCCACCGCCAUUGUGGGGAAAUGGCACUUAGGAUAUGGGGAAACAAGGAAGUUUCUUCCAACCAAACAAGGAUUUGAUCAUUACCUGGGAAUCCCAUACUCUCAUGACCAGGGGCCCUGCCAUAACCUGACUUGUUUUCCCCCAGAUAUCAAGUGUUUUGGAUUUUGUGAUGUCGGUGCUGUGACUGUCCCACUCAUACACAAUGAGAACAUCAUACAGCAACCAGCCAACUUCCUAGAGCUGGAAAAGGCGUACAGUAACUUCGGAACCAAUUUCAUAAUCGACUCGGCCAAGAAAAAGCAGCCCUUUUUUCUCUACUAUCCAUCACAUCACACCCACUAUCCACAGUUUGCAGGUUCAGGAGCAGCAGGUCGCUCUUUAAGGGGACCAUUUGGAGAUUCCUUGUUGGAAUUGGACAACACUAUAGGAAACCUGAUGUCAACGCUGGAACAGACAGGAGUGAUCAAUAAUACACUUGUAUUAUUUGCAUCUGACAAUGGACCAUCACUGAUGCGCGAAUCACAUGGAGGCAACUCAGGCCUCCUGAAAUGUGGCAAAGGAACAACAUAUGAGGGGGGGAUGAGAGAGCCCGCCAUUGCAUACUGGCAAGGUGUCAUCAAGCCAGGUGUGACUCAUGAGCUGGCCAGCACUUUAGAUAUCCUCCCUACCAUCGCAGGCCUGGCAGGAGCUGCGCUCCCCUCAGUGAUGCUGGAUGGGUUUGAUAUGAUGGAUAUCCUCUUUAAGCAUGGAAAGAGUAAAAGGAAGGCAAUGAUGUACUACCCCAUGGUUGCGGAAGAAACGUAUGGACUGUUUGCUGUGAGACUGGGAAAGUACAAGGCCCACUUCUACACAAGAGGUGCCAUCCACAGUGCUACCACCCCAGAUCAGGACUGCCCAGCAACCGCAGUCUUGAAGACCCAUAACCCCCCUCUCAUUUUUGACCUGGAGGCUGACCCCUCCGAGUGUUACCCCCUUCCGCUCAAAGACAGACCCGACAUCCAAGCCGUGUUGGAGCAGAUAAAGAAAGUCAAGGCGGAGUUCGAAGCUAACAUGGUGUUUGGCCAGAGCCAGAUAUCCAGAGGAACUGACCCAAAUCUUGAGCCUUGCUGCAAUCCUGAAUGUAGCCCCAAACCCACCUGCUGCCACUGUUGAUGAGGGGAAACGUUCCUGAAGACAAGUCUACAUUCUGCACUGAAA